AAACUUUAUUAUUAAAACUAAACAACAAAAUAGUAAGAGCUCAAAAUCCCAUAAAAAUAGUGUAUAUGUGUGUGAGAGAGGUUGAAAACACUGUUUCAACUCAAAGCUGCAUAAUUUUGGAUGAGGAAACUCGGUAUUUGACUCAGUGAGUCAUGAAUCAACUGCUAAAAGUAAAACGAAAAUUGUAAAUUUGUGCUAGAUUGAGAUAGAGUGAACGACGAGAUGGGUGUCCCGGGGAAGUGGAUUAGAGCAUUGGUUGGUUUAAAGAAAUCAGAAAAGCGCGAGUCCUUAGAGAAGGAUGGAAAUGCUAGCAAGUUUCGCCAUCGAAGAAAGCAUUCCAUCGAAAUUAACAGUAGCAAACUUCAAAAUGAGUUUGGUGAUGAUGGCGCUACACCUAUUGGAGAUGCAGAUCUUGCAAAUCCCCAAUCAAACCUUGAUGCUCAUUAUUCUCCUUCUACUUCACAACAAGCACCGGAUGUUGCACAUAGUCAUCAAAUCACAAAUGAAGAAUGGGCUGCAAUAUGCAUUCAAACAGCGUUUCGAGGAUUUCUGGCCAGAAGAGCACUACGAGCUUUGAAAGGAUUGGUAAGGCUUCAGGCCCUUGUAAGAGGCCAUGCAGUAAGAAAACAAGCUGCAAUAACUCUCCGUUGCAUGCAAGCUUUGGUGAGGGUUCAGGCUCGUGUUAGGGCAAGGCGUGUUCGCUUGGCAUUGGAAAGUCAAACAGAUCAACAGAAACUUCAGCAACAGCUUGUAAACGAAGCCCGUGUUCGAGAAAUUGAAGAAGGUUGGUGUGACAGUGUGGGAUCUGUUGAAGAAAUUCAAACCAAAAUAUUAAAGAGACAGGAGGCUGCAGCAAAACGCGAGAGAGCCAUGGCAUAUGCUCUAGCUCAUCAGUGGCAGGCAGGAUCAAGGCAGCUUGCCGCUUCUUCAGGGUUUGAACCCGAUAAAAGUAGUUGGGGUUGGAAUUGGUUGGAAAGAUGGAUGGCUGUACGUCCUUGGGAGAAUCGCUUUCUUGACAUUAAUACGAAAGAUGGAGUAAAGGUAGACGAAAAUGAUGUUAUGGAUGGUAGUAGCAAUGGAAUCAGACCUCAGUUAAAGCCUAAUAAUGCAAAAUCAAAUCUGCCAAACAUCCAUCCAAGUGUUGUCAGUCACAAAACCGGCCCCUCUCUCUCUGAUGGCUGUGAUUCUUCUUCCACUAGUAAGUCAGCAGGUUUGCUCGAGACAUCAAACACACAAUCUGUUAAACCAAAGUCUAAUGCAAAUGUUCAAAUUCCCGUUGAAGAAAACAACACAAAAUCUGGCUUUCCAAGAUCUCAAAGUAAUCCAAAGGAGAGAAACUCACAGGUAGAUAAACAGACGAAAAAGCGGUUAUCUCUUCCUAACAAUGCAGGGGUUGUUUCCGGGGCUCAAACGAACAAAUAUCCUACCAGAACUAAUGUGAAAGGGACACGCAGCACACAAAAGCCUAUAAGGAAUAAACCUAAGCUCAAUGAAGACGGGAAUAGGAAUCUUACUAAAUCCGUUCCACAGCAAACGGGUGUGUAACUUAUAAGUAUUAAGAAACUACUCCAUUCUCCCUUUGACAUCGCGAUAUGACAUUUGUCUGUGAAAUGUAAUGCAUGGUGCAAAGCGAUGAGGGGUCGCAACCACAAUGUACAUGUUCCUCUUUUCUCUUCUACGAAGACAUUGGUGUGGUUUGAUUGUUGAGAUUGGCUUGGGUUUUGUGAGGUGGAUACACACAUCUAUUGUAAUUAUAUGCAUAUUUGUUGUUGUGAGCUAUAUGAUAAUGAAUGCUGUAUAAUAUUUAUGUUCAAAUGUACAACUUUCAGAGUGCCA